AUGGAGAACAACACUCAUCCAGACAUUGAUUAUUCCAAUAAAGCUAUCCUAGCGCCAAUGGUGCGAAUUGGCACCUUGCCGAUGCGCUUGUUAGCUUUAGAAUAUGGAGCAGAUCUAGUAUGGAGCGAAGAGCUUGUAGAUAAACGUAUUAUUGGAUCUGAACGCAGAUAUAAUCCUGCCACGGGUGCCAUAGAAUAUUGGAAAGGAAAAUCAUUAACUUUCAGCACUACCGAAGCCGAAAAAGGCAAAGUGAUUCUCCAACUGGGUACAGCUGAUGCAGAUCUAGCUUUAAAAGCAGCCUUGACCUUGAAGCAAGAUGUUGCAGCGGUAGAUGUGAACUGUGGUUGCCCCAAGAAAUUUUCUGUUCAAGGAGGCAUGGGUGCGGCAUUAUUGAGUAAUCCUGAUAACCUCAAGAGAAUUCUGACCAACCUAGUUCAGAAAGCAGGCAUGCCUGUUACAUGCAAGAUCAGGUUAUUAGAUACGAUAGAAAAGACAAAGGAAUUAGUAAAAAUGAUCGUUCAGACCGGUGUAAAGGCGCUCACGGUUCAUUGUCGUAGAAAAGAACAAAGAUCAACAGAAAAGGCUAAUUGGGAAGCCCUUCGAGAGAUAGUGGAUGUUGUCAAAUCCAUUGCUGAUAUUCCUGUAAUAGUGAAUGGUGAUGUGUUUCAAUAUUCCGACAUUCAGAAAGCGAAAGAAGUAACGCAUGCAGACUCUGUGAUGAUCGCUAGAGGCGCACAAUGGAACGCAUCUGCCUUUAGAAAGGAGGGCUUACUGCCUUUCCAGACAGUUGUGAAAGAAUAUUUAAAGAAAGCUGUUCAAUUGGACAAUCUCUAUCAAAAUACGAAAUAUGUCAUUUUGAGCAUGAACACAGAAGACACGAAGCACACCAAAUCACAGUUAUACUCAAAUAUUCAACAGGCGAAAACAAUGAGAGCUCUUUGUGAAUUGUUUAAUCUUGCAGAUUUUUACGAUGAGACAGUUGCAAAGCAAAAGGCAAAGUUAGUUGACAACGACAAGCAGCAAAUAACUGAAGAUGGAAAAAGAAAUAGAGAAGAAAGCGAGGUGGUGACAACAGAGGAAGCGACCGUAAAGAAGUUGAAAGCAGACGAAUAG